AUGGAGAUAAAAAAAAAGAAUACGAUAACUGACAUAUAUAAUUGUAAAUAUAAAAAUAAAAAUGUAUUAAAAACAAUAAAUGACAUAAAUGAAUUGAUAAACAAAUAUCCCCGUACUAAUCGGGAGUUAAAUACGUAUAUUAUAAAAAAAAACAGUACAAAUGAUAUAUCCCUUUUAAAAAGUUUUGUAUUUUACGUGUUUACACAAAUAAUAAGUAUAUUGGCAGUGUGUUUAGUAAUAUUUUGUAUUGGGUUUUUAAUAGGAAAUCAUAUUUCAUCAAAAUCAUCUAUAAUGAAUUCUAUAAAUUAUAAUUUUUAUUUAUCUUAUGAUAAUGGUGCAGAAUUAUAUAUGAAUAGUGAAAGUAAUAUUUUACGGCUAGACAUAAUGAUUAAUUUUAAUUUUGAUUAUAAUAAUUUAUUCAUGGGUACUUUAAUUAAUAACAUGUUACUAUAUUACUAUCCAUCUAAUGAUAUUGGAUUAGUUGCUGAUGAGUUUUGUUAUAAUUUUGAAGGUAUAAAAAAAGAAAAUGGAAAAAUUUCUCCUCCAAAAACCUCAUUUAUAAAAUCAGCUGUAAGUGAUGAAAUUUUUAAAAAAUUUUUAAAAGAAGAAUCGUUAAUUUUUUUAAAUUAUUCUAUUAAAAUGGAUAAUAAUGUAAAAAUAACUUAUAUAAAUGAUUUAUUAUUUGAAAAUUUAUUUGCAUAUCCAAUUGGUGGUUCAGAUAUUACUAUGUCACCUGGUAUUAUGCAAGGUAUAAAUUCAAUUAAUGCUUUAAUUAGUAUUAAUUAUAAUGUGGAUGACAAAAAUAUAUUAGAUAAAUUAUUAGAUGAUUGUAAAAAAGGAAGAAUCUAUAUACAAUUACACUCUGGAAAUAAUCAAAUUAAAACCAUUUUAUUUCGUUUUCAACCACAAACAGGGGUUUUUUUACCAUUUAGUAUCCCAUGUAAAAUAAAGAGAAACACAAUAAUAAAAAAUAAUGAAUUUCGUUUAAAUGUUAUUAAAAAUCAUAAAAUUCAAAAAUCAGCUAUUAAAAAUAUCAAUUUAUUUAUUAAUUAA